AUGGCACACUUUACGCCAAAUGGAGAUACAGCACAGGACGAGCAUUGCGUGGAUAUGGACAAUCAAGUUCGCUCGCAUCUGGGAGUGGCGGGACAUAGCAGCGGCUCUAGCCCAAGACCGUAUCACGACGAACUGGAUGACGGGCCAUUUGCCCCUAGCUCUGUGAGUGAUGAGGAAGACAGGAACAGGAGAAGGUUACAGAGACGCAUGAAAAUCGAAGCCAUGCGUGCUAGAUUGUUAGCGAAAAGUCAGCACCGAGCAAGAACUCGCAGAAAAAUGGGCAUCUUCAUUGUGUGCAUGGGCGUCACGCUCACCGUCUUCGUAGCUGCAGCAAUAUUAGUUGCCCAUGUAGGCGUGGAGAUUCAGAGCAGCUGGUUUGGCAGUACUACGAACACAACUUUGAACAGCAGGAAGGAUGAAGGUGAAAGUACAAUGAAGACCGCUUCCGGCAGGUUAGGGUCGGAGGCAGAUUCUUUGCGCUUGACCCGUUCUGGUACGACAGUGCUUGACGAUUUAGCAUCGCGAGCUGGUUUAGAUGAUGAUGCACCGUGGUCGUCGUCUGGAUUAAACGAUAGAGACAGUGUGUUUUGCGACGCGUUCACGUAUAUUCACUGCAUCCUGAUGGUGUUGUCGCUAUGGAUGUCUCUCGUAGUUGUGAUCAUGCACGUAACUUUCCGAAGUUUUCGAACGUACUCGCACCCAUUCAUGUUGGAAUUGAGUUGUGUACAGUGCGGAUACUGGCUAACAUCUCUGCUCCGUGUGAUACUCGAGACGUUGGCGUUGUCCAACCUGGCCUAUCUUUCCUUUUGUAUGUUCGAGUGUUUUUUCGACUUUGCUCAAAUCUCGUUCACAUGCGCCAUCGCGUUCAACAUGUAUCGAUCUGUGGUGUCAUACGCGGACGUGCUGAUGGACACUCAGAGCGCUACGCGUCGAUAUCACAGGUACACGAUGAAUGUGUUACUUCUGUCGGUAAUGGCAGCAGUGGCACUGGCGCUAGUGGGUUACCGGUCUAAGAACACGUAUGAUUAUCACGCAGAGAAUAUUCUGAACGAGGAUAUCUUUUCACCGUGCCUCUACCCGACUUGCCGACUCAUCUUGUACGUGUACUACCCACUAUUGGCUUUCGGCUUCAAUUUCAUUUUCUACGUGCGUUUUAAACGUACAAUCGGUAAAUCGUACCCGACAUCAGCGACCAGCAGGCUAAAUAAGGUGGUGCGAUCGUACCUGAUUGUCUUCUUUGUGUGCUGGGGAAGUCUCAUCAUUUUAACAGCGCUAAAGGUUGUAGACUUGGUAAAUGUUCCUAUUAUGGCAUCAUUCGUGAUGCAGUCGAUAUUUGACAUCUUGGGUGUUUGCACUGCCGUGAUCACCUUUACGAACUUUCAUCGGUGUAGGGAGGCGUUCGAUUUUGGAUUGUCGCUAAAAGCCAUUGAUCCAAAUAGUAUCGAGUUUGACGACCCGGUAAAUAUUAUUGGUGAAGGCACGUUUGCCAUCGUGCUAAAGGGAAGGUGGCGGCAAGGAGGACAUAUCGACAGCUCUGUGCCACGGUCGGUAGAGGUAGCUGUGAAGGCAUUCAAGCACGCACAGAUGGAAUGCUUGGAGCACAUUAAGGAGGAGGCAUAUCUGUCGUCAAAGUUGGUGCACCCAUGUGUGAUGAUGACCUAUGGUUGUUACACUAGCGGCAUCAAUCUCUACAUUGUGUACGAGUAUCUUGGCGGAGGUACGCUUCAAGACGCGAUCGAUGCCAACCAAAAGACGCCAUUUACGUACGAGCGAGGGUUGCGUUAUGCGCACAUGAUUGCUGUGGGCAUGCGCUUUUUGCAUGGCCUGCCGGUGCCUAUUGUGCAUCGUGAUCUCAAGCCGCUGAAUUGUAUUUUUGAUUCAGAACAGGAAAUACUGAAGGUUGCCGAUUUCGGCGAAUCUCGGUUGCUGCGUACUCGUGACGUCGUGGCUCCUCGGCCUAGUUCUUUUCCCUCGCCCGACGUCACAAUUCAAAUGACGACCAACAUCGGAAGUGCGUGUUGGGCUGCGCCCGAGGUGUUAAAGGACGUGGCCACGUCGGAGUAUUCUGUGAAGAUCGACGUUUACAGCUUCGGUAUCAUUUGCUGGCAGUUGUAUACUUGUGCUGUGCCGUAUGCCGACAUCCCUGGAAGUGUUCUGGCAGUAGCUGAGGCAGUGCUAAGUGGAGUGCGACCGGCAAUUCCGCGAGAAUGCCCUCGUUUAUUUACCAAAAUUAUGAGGCGCUGCUGGCACAAUGAUCCAUUACGACGUCCAAGCUUCGAGGACAUCGUGCAGCUGCUGGAGAUCGAGCUUACGGAGGAGCGGCGUCGGCAGGUGAUGCGUGCUCAUGGCAGGGGCACUGACCCGGUUAUUGAACAACCCACUCAUGACAGCGAUUUUGACGGUACAGGUCGUACCAACAUAGCACUAGUGAGCGAUGAAGAGCGUGUGAAUAGAGAGGUGUGCUCGCCUCGAUCAAUAAACAUAUAA